ACUGCCCCACCUCAAAUUUAAUUAAAACAAGAACUCCUUUAUGGAUGUGUGCUAGUUAAACCCCAGCCACAGUUCAUGGGAUGAAUUAGCUAUUUUAAACUUGCUGAUUUAGAUAGUAGGCUGUCUGAAGGACCCAUUUUAUCACACAUUUACUGAGUUAGAAUCCUUUGUUUUUGCAAGAGGGUAAGAUUUGUAAUGCCUAUUAUGCAAAUAAGGGAAAGUGCAGGGGUUAAACCCCAGUCACAAUUUCUAAGGGGAAUGUAUUUUCUGAAACUCAUCUGAUUUACACAUUCUCCAGAAGCCAUAACGCCCCACUUUUAUUGAGUUUGAAUCUGUUGCUUCGGCACUGGAGCAAACUUGGGCUCACAGAUUAUAGCUAAAUAAGGCAAUAACGAAAUUGAUUGAGAUCAGCAAAAGUGCUGAAAUGUAUUCAUUUAUGCUUAAAAAUAUGUACAAUGACCAAAUAAUGUUAUAAUUGCAGUAUUAUAUGGGUGCAGAUGACUUUUUUUUGUUACAAACUGCCAAAUUACUGGAAACAAACCAUAAAUGUGAACUUUUAUUAUGAAAUCUCCCGAUCUGAUAGUCACCGGAAGCCGUAGUGGCUGCUGGCCUGGUGGCGGCGCUAGCAUCAUACCAAUGUGCAUCAUAGAUCAUGACUCACUGAACUGUAUUGAUCAUACAGAAGUUCACACUUCUGCUUAUUAUAGUCAGAGAUACUCUUUGGUAGUUGCAUGUUUUCUUUGGCAAUAGCCACGUCUACAAUUUAUACAUUUUCUUUUGGCAUUUAGCGUGUAUAAAAAAUAAAAUAUAGUAAAUGUAUUAUAACUGGUGUUGAUAACGGUCUCAUAAAGAUAACGUCUCUGCCAUUUUUUUUCGAAAUCUCAGGAGCCAGCGGGCGUCGCCGUCGCCAUGGCCGGCUUUCGAAUCCGGAGGUACCGGGACGAGGACGAUGAGGCGGUGAAGGAGAUCUUCACCAUGGGCAUGAUCGAGCACGUGCCCGCCUGCUUCGUGCACCUGCUCAAGCAGCCCCUGGUCCAGAUGGCGCUCAUGUGCACCUUCUGCGCCCUGCUGACCAGCUCCAAGUCCCUCCUCCUGCCCGUGCUGACCGUCACGCUGAUGCUGGCGGGGCUCCGGCAGAUGGCCAGCUACAUGUUCCGCAGCUACAUCGAGGCCUGCCUAAAGGAGGACCUGGCCUGCAUACGGGAGACCUACAUGGGGAAGGGGGACUCCUGCUUCUGGGUGGCGGAGAGCGAGGGCCAGGUGUUGGCCACUGUGGCCUGCCAGCCCUCCCCGACUCAGCCCGAGUGCCUGGAGCUCAAGCGCAUGUCCGUCCGGAGGACCCACCGGGGCUUGGGCAUGGGCAAGGCCCUCUGCCAGGCGUUGGCGGAUCACACGCGGGAGAGGGGCUACCUGGCAGUUGUCCUGGGUACCUCUAUAAUUCAGACGGACGCUCAGAAACUGUACGAGCACUUGGGCUACACCAAGAUACGGGAGUUCACCUACCCGUCCCUAAUGGCCAAGCUCAGUAACUUCAGUAUCAUUGAGUACAGAUUAGAGUUGCAGGAGAGGAAAAUUGAAUGAAAGGAAUCUGGUAGAGCAGAAAAUGGUGUGAAUGGCUUCUGAUUAACCACAACUACCAAUGUCUUAUUUGGAAAGGGUGAUCUCAUUCUUUUGACAAGUGUGAUGCCGGUCAUUAAUGGCAGGGACAAAUUGUAUCUGAUCAGUUUGGCAAAAAAAAAAAAAAAAAAAAAA